AUGAGAAACAAACGACUCCCUUGUUUCACCCACCGGAUACCAAUUCACAAGCCACAGAGAGCCUCGAUAGAUCAGAAUUCUAAAAGAAAAAAACGCUCUGCAGGAGGCCAAUCUGCCAUCCAUAGUGAUACUCGCUCAUUCGAAUCAUCCAACACAUCCCUUGGGGGCACACUUCCUCCUCCUAGCAUAGACUCGUCUACACGUACUGCAUCUACUAUCCACGCCGGUGAAUUGUCUGAUAUCAUCAUUGGAAACCAAACCCAGACUCAAGAUAAUCCUGGGCAUCCGACUUACGAAGAACCAAAGGACAAAAAAUAUCUUACACCAUCGUUAUUUACUCAAGAUACACUCGCUUUUUAUGGCCUCUGGAGGUUCCGUUAUGUAGUCGAUGCGCAACCUGUUGAGGGAACCGAACGCCAUAUCUACCGAUCAAAAUACCGCUACUCGCCACGAGAACAAACGAUUGACCUUGAUGAGCUACCUGAGCUUCAAUACGAGUCUGGGCCGGUGGAGCUCGACUACCGGAUCAUACGUUAUCUAGACCAAGAGCAUCAUCGUUUCGCGAAUCAGCUGCUCGUUUUACCUAAAGAAUGGGAGGUAGGCCCGGCGCAACCCCAGCUUCGUUUUUUUGAGAUCCCUGACAAUUUUGCACAAUAUAUGAAUCCAAAACCCAGGAAACCACAAGAGGCAAAGCCCAGAUAUUCCUACGCUUCAGAUUCUACCAGCUCGCCGCCAGAACCAAUGUGGAAGUCGACCGCUGGGGACGACAGUGGGACAAGCCAACCUUCAAGUGACGAGCGGGAUGUGCUAUAUAGAGAGCUCCUUAGCAAGUUUGACUUAUCAAUGGCCAAAACCGAGAAAGAGAAGCAACAGAUGGCAAAUCAAUUCGCCUUCGAGGUUGACACCCUGAACAGACCCUACUCGGACUGGGUAGCUCAAAACGACCUGUUCGCCAAAUUGGAAACCAUGGAACUAGAAAUGAGGAAAGGAAAGGAUUGGAUAGUUGAAAGACUGGAAGAGAUCGAACGCAAGGACAAAAAAAUCCGCUGCGGAAACCCUGCCUUUAACCUUGGCACACAGGACAGGUCGCUAUACCCUGCGCAUGUCAUUAGGGAAUUUCUCAGCUUCCUUCCUCCUGACGUUUCUGGGCCAGACAAGAUCUCGGAAGGAGAGAUAGAGAAAACGGUUGGUGGUAAAUUGAGGGGUGUAUUUGCUGGAAAAGGAAUGAUGGAUCGACAUAAUCAGCCGCUACCCUUUCCCCCUUUGCUUAGGGCAUUUGGUACAGACCCUUCGCCCGAUAUCUACAAUCGAGCGGAUAUCAAUACGCUCGAUUGGGGAAAUGAGAAGCUUAUGCCAGUUUUCUUCGCCGGUGAAUGCAAGCCUUCUCACAAGUACGACGAAUGGGACGUUCCUGCUCAGCUUGCUUCUGCUUUCCACGGGACUCUGGUAAUCCUGGUGCUAUACUACUUGGAUAAUCGAGCCAACACCCGUGAUCCAUUACCACCGUGGCUCUUUCUCUAUGGGAUUGGUUACACUGAGAAGAAUGUUAUGGUCUACUCGCACCAUCCGGCAUACAGACCGGACAAAGAUACAGCAAUUCCUCGGUGGCAUUUUGUAUCCUCUGAGCUCUAUACCUUUCCGAGUGCUUUUAGAGAUGGGAGGAGGAGAUGCCGGUUGCUCAGUGCGCUUUAUCGGAUUCGAAGCCAUUCACUCUUUGUGCUGGAGCAGCUUCAACAGUGGGAAAGGGCAAAGAAAGUGUUGGAACCUAUCGCCAAAAGUAUCGAGCUGGACAAGCGACAACGUCGUUAG